AUGCAGCAGCUGGGGCUUGAUGCCCAGCAGCAGCAGCAGCAGCAGCAGCAGCAGUUGAUAAGCGGAGAGUCACAACAGCAGCAAAGAGGCAGCAACUCGACACCCCCCUACAAGGCCAGCAGCAGCAGGACAGCCGCCAGCAGCAGCAGCAGCAGCAGCAGCGCAAUAAGCAACAGUAGCAACAGUAACAGCAGCAGCAGCAUAAUCAACAGCAACAGCAGCAGCAGCAGCAGCAGCAGCAGCAGCAGCAGCUUACCAAUUGGUGUCUUCUGUGCCCCAGUGCUGCAGCAGCAGCUUGAGGGCUUGCAUCCCGAUGCAGCAGCAGCAGCAGCAACAGCAGCAGCGGCAGGGGCAGCAGCAGCAGAAGCAGCAGCAGCAGCAACACAGCAGCAGCGGCAGGGGCAGCAGCAGCAGAAGCAGCAGCAGCAGCAACAGGAGCAGCAGCGGCAGGGGCAGCAGCAGCAGAAGCAGCAGCAGCAGCAACAGGAGCUGCUGCUGCUUCUGCUGCUGCUGCUGCUGCUGCUGCUGCUGCUGCUGCAGCAGCCUGAGGCUCUGCUUCUUCUCUGCUGCUUCACGCGACGACAGCAGCAGCAAACGAAUAACAGCAAAAGCGCAACGAGGGAUCAAGUCACGACCCAACAACAAAUCUGUACACAGCAGCAGCAGCAGCAGCAGCAGCAGCAGCAGCAGCAACAGCAGCAGCGGCAGGGGCAGCAGCAGCAGAAGCAGCAGCAGCAGCAACAGGAGCGGCAGCAAGAGCAGCAGCAGCAGCAGCAGCAGCAGCAGCAUAUAAUGCAGUAG